GCCACUCGCCAGCCUGGUUUAGAAGGCUUGUAGUGGGGUCGGGAGGCGGGUGAAGGUCUGCUCUGCUCUGCGUCACACACAGAGAAGCUGGGAGAGCGGAGAUGACUAUUCUCAUAAAUAGGAGGAUUUAGGUCAGAUGGCUGACAGUUGGCAUGGAAACUAUGAUACUGGCAGUCAGUCAGAUGACAGCCAUAAGUUUGAGAGAAUGCACAUAGAGCCUAUUUAUGAUGCAUUUUUUUGUCCUUUAACGAAGCAAGUUAUGCGUGAUCCUGUUACCUUAGAAAACGGUCAAACAUUUGAGCGAGAAGCAAUUGAAAAGUGGUUUAUGGAAUGCAAGGAGACUGGAAGGAAGUUGGUCUGCCCACUGACACUACAAGAAUUGCAAAGCACUGAGCUAAAGCCUAGCAUAGCGCUGAGGAACACCAUUGAAGAGUGGAAUGCUAGAAAUGAAGCUGCUCAGCUUGAUAUGGCUCAGUCGUUGAAUCUGAGCAGCUCAGAAAGUGAAGUUCUUUUCGCCUUGAAGUUUGUCCAGCAAAUCUGCCAAAACAGAUCAAGUAAGCACGUUGCACGCAAUGCAGGGCUGAUACCUAUGAUAGUUGACAUGUUGAAGAGCAGCAGUCGUAAAGUAAGGUGUAAAGCCUUGGAAACCCUUAAAACAGUGGUGGAGGAGGAUUCCGAUAAUAAGGAAAUAUUGGCUGAUGGGGACACGGUACGAACUAUAGUGAAGUUCUUGUCUCACGAGCAAUCCAAAGAGAGGGAGGAAGCUGUAUCUUUGCUGUAUGAACUAUCCAAAUCUGAAGCCUUAUGUGAGAAGAUUGGUUCAAUUAAUGGAGCGAUUCUUAUUUUGGUUGGAAUGACAAGCAGCAAAUCAGAUAACAUUUUGACUGUUGAGAACGCUGACAAAACACUGGAGAAUCUAGAGAAGUAUGAGAACAAUGUGAGACAGAUGGCUGAAAAUGGUAGACUGCAGCCUCUUCUGACACAAAUUCGUGAAGGCCCUCCAGAAACCCAACUUUCAAUGUCUAAUUUCCUUGGUGAGUUAGUUUUGGACAACGAUGUAAAGGUCCUAGUGGCUAAAAGUGUUGGUUCAGCUUUGAUCAAUAUCAUGAGAAGUGGUAAUAUGCAGUCAAGAGAAGCAGCUUUGAAAGCUCUCAACCAAAUUUCAUCUUGUGAGGCGAGUGCCAAGGUACUGAUAGAAGCAGGAAUACUUCCGUCUCUGGUCAAAGAUCUCUUUACCGUUGGGACUAACCAGCUUCCUAUGCGACUGAAAGAGGUUGCUGCAACAAUUCUUGCUAAUGUUGUUAGCUCGGACUAUGAUUUUGAUUCGAUCUUGGUUGGACCUGAUCAGCAAACGCUAGUCUCCGAAGACAUUGUCCAUAACCUACUACAUCUCAUUAGCAACACUGGACCAGCAAUCGAGAGCAAGCUUCUCCAGGUUCUUGUUGGACUCACUAGCUCUCCUUCAACUGUUCUGAGUGUUGUUGCCGCCAUUAAAAGCUCCGGUGCCAUUAUUAGUUUGGUGCAGUUUACUGAGGCUCCACAAAAGGAAUUGCGUGUGGCUUCCAUUAAACUUCUCCAGAACCUCUCCCCACAUGUGGGUCAGGAGCUAGCUGAUGCCCUACGUGGCACAGUGGGCCAACUUGGAAGCCUAAUUAAAGUCAUAUCAGAAAAUAUUUCAAUCACUGAAGAGCAAGCAGCAGCCAUUGGCCUCUUAGCUGAACUUCCGGAGAGGGAUCUAGGCCUUGCCAGGCAAAUGCUAGAUGACGGUGCCUUUAAGCUGAUACAUUCUAGAGUAGUUAAAAUCCGCCAAGGGGGGAGUAAGGGUGGCCGCUUUGUGACGCCAUUUUUAGAAGGACUUGUACGAGUUCUAGCAAGGGUUACGCUUGUGUUGGCCGAUGAGCAAGAUGCAGUCGCUCUGUGCCGUGAACUUAAUCUUGCUACACUUUUCAUUGAACUUGUACAGGCCAAUGGACUGGAGAAUGUGCAGAUGAGUUCAGCAGCUGCAUUGGAGAACUUAUCACAAGAAUCCAAAAAUUUGACAAGAUUGCCCGAGUUGCCUACACCUGGUUUCUGUGCUUCAGUUUUUCCAUGUUUUAGCAAACAACCUGCCAUAAAUGGAUUGUGUCGGCUUCAUCGUGGGACGUGUUCACUUAGAGAAAGUUUUUGUCUCCUGGAGGGACAUGCUGUGGAAAAGUUGGUAGCUCUUCUCGACCACACAAACGAGAAGGUGGUUGAAGCAGCACUUGCAGCACUCUCUACUUUGUUGGAUGACGGGGUUGAUAUUGGACAAGGGGUUAUGGUGUUGUGUGAAGCAGAGGGUGUGAAGCCUAUUCUUGACGUGUUGUUAGAGAAACGGACAGAGAAUCUGAGGAGGAGGGCAGUCUGGGUAGUUGAAAGACUAUUGCGGAGUGAUGAGAUAGCCUAUGAAGUUUCUGGAGAUCCGAACGUGAGCACCGCACUUGUUGAUGCCUUCCAGCAUGGUGACUAUCGAACGCGGCAGAUUGCUGAACAUGCCCUGAAGCACGUUGACAGGUUACCAAACUUCUCUGGUGUCUUUCCGAACGCAGGAUAGGCAUCUUCCGGUGGUUUUUAUUGUUAUAGUUUGCGAAGGUGCAAUUGGAGGAGGGUACAUAUUUGUUGUAUACAGAUUUUUUCUUUCAUUUGUUUUUAAGGGUGGUGGUGUGUCCAUCGACUUGGGUCUGUUAAUGAACUGCUUCUUGUGUAGAAUUCCCAAGGAAAAUUCUGUUUACGCUCAAGUUUCGUCUUUGGACACCCCACUUCUUUGGACGCUUAUAUAUAAAUUUAGAAGGUGCUUUUUGGAUA